AUGGCUCUGAAAGAAGUCAUCGGAUUACCUGUUGGAAGCACUGACACAACUCCUACAAGAUACUACGAAAUACGAUGUUCGACAGCCCUUGGAGUGAACCCAAAGGAUGCUACCCAAGGGGCUCACGAGGUUGCGCCCCGAGCGAUAACUAACCCCAUAAACGUCAGAAUGCCUCUUGUCGUCUGA